UGAUUCUGUUAUUGGUUUUUUAGGGUUUUAAAAUGUCAACUUCUUCUCAAGUUUAUCCUCCAGCUUUCAAAAUCUAUAGACACCGCAAACCAAACAAGUGUGGAAUAUGUAGAGACAAGUGUGAGGAUCACGAUUGGAAUGGUGGCAUAGGUUCUUACCAACCACUACUAGAUGAUGAUGAUGAUGAACCAGCGCCACCUCCUUAUAUUGUUCUAGUUCAAGGACCUCCCAAUGUUGGGAAGUCCCUGAUGAUUAAAUCUCUAAUCAAGCAUUAUACUGAGCAACAUAUGAUAGAUGAUAUCCAAGGCCCCAUAACCAUCAGAACAGGUAUAAAAAGAAGAAGGCUUCAGUUUGUGGAAUGUCCUGAUGACAUUAAUGGCAUGAUAGAUGCUGCAAAGUAUGCCGAUAUUGUGUUGUUACUAGUUUAUGCAAGUCAUGGAUUUGAAGCGGAAACUUUUGAGUUUUUGAGCCUUCUAAGAGUGCAUGGCCUUCCCAAGGUUAUGGGUGUUCUUACACAUCUUGACCACUUCAAAGAUGAUAAAGAACUGAAUGAAACCAUAGAGCGUCUCCAGGAUCAUUUCCGGACUGAAAUAUGUGAAGGAGCAACAAUGUUCCACUUAUCCGGUCUUAAUGAUUUUGAGUUGUACAAAAUGUUGGAAGUACAAAAACUGGCUGAAGCCAUAACAAUGCUCCAAUUGCAUACCCCGUCAUGGCGAGCGGAACAUCCUUAUGUGCUGGUAGAUCGUUUUGAAGAUGUUACUCCUCCAAGAAAGCUGCACAAGGAUGCAAAUUGCAAGAGAAACAUAAGUCUCUGUGGCUAUCUUCGAGGUUGUACUAUUAAAAGCGGGGUUAAGGUGCAUAUUGCUGGUGUCGGUGAUUUUUGCGUGGCUAGUAUUACAAGCUUAGCUGAUCCCUUCCCUUUAUCAUCUGAGAUGGAAGUUGAAAGGGAUCUUAUUGGCAUAACCCACAUGGAUAUGGGGAGUUUCAGAACAGGGACGUACCUAAGGUUAGAGGUUCAUGAUGUUCCUUUUGGGAUGGUUGAGAAUUUAAAUCCUUGUCAUCCGAUUCUCGUUGGAGGCAUCAGUCUUGAAGUGGAAAGCGUCGGUUAUAUUCAGGCGAGGCUUAAGCGGCAUAACUGGCAUAUGAGACCGAUAAAACCAUUGAAGUCAAGCUGGUUGGAGACGUUAUCAGACAAAACCUAUUUAUGCCAGAGAAAUCGACAAUGGGCGGCAUCAAAUUCUUAAGUUACGCUCGUGAACAUAAUCACUGUCUUGCGAUGUUUUGGGGCCCUCUUGCACCUCCCCUUACCAGAAUUGCUGUUGUGCAGAGUAAUAAGGAAGCGUUUCGGGUAGCAGCAAAGGCUGCCAUUCUUGACUUCCAGCCUGAGAUGAAGAUAAUGAAGGAAAUCAAGCUGAAAGGAACUCCUCUAAAAAUCAAGCAGAGGAAGUCUCUUAUCAAGUUUGAACCAGAAGAUCUUGAUGUUGCUGAAUUUAUAGGUUCACCUAUUUGGACUCAGAGUGGAAAUCGGGGGCAUGUUAACGAGGCGGCAAAGAGAGACGGGAUUGCUAAAUGCACGUUUAAGAGGAAAAUGCGUAUGAGUGACAUUGUUUUCAUGCGUGUGUUGCAUGAAGUCGAGGCUGCUCGCUUCUUCAACUCGUUACCAGCCCCGCUGAAACCACAUGAAAUGGGACGGCUUAGACUUGAGCAACGUCGUGGUGUAGAGAUCAUGGAUGUGAAAUAUUUGUCCUAUUUUUGGUACAACUGUUGCUCUAGUGAGGAACGAGGCUGGAACCUACAUUGCAACUGACGGGUGUGAGUUUGAAUAUCUGGAUCCAAGAGCAGCACGGAUUCUCAGAAGAUCAGGAUUACCCCAAAAGCCCAUCACCGAGGAGAGGGACAAGAUCUAUGAAAUUAGUGACAAUGUUUUUGCUGUGCCAAGUGGAUGUGGAGGUUGGUUCAAUAAAAUCAUCUACAGAAUGAGAAAUAAAGAUGACCUCAGAAUAUCUUGUAAAGCUAUUGGUAAAGGUGAUGGCAUUCCUGUUACAGCCAAAGGAUGUGCAGAUUACGCGAAACAUCUUUUUGAAAUGCCGUACGAAAAGCUUCCUAGUGAUAUGAAACAGGGUCCUGUUGGAUUUGACUUAAGUAAAGAACCCUGUGAUAUUACUUUUGUCCAGUUUAAAGGGGAUGGUGGUGAAGUCCAUCACUCUAGUAGAGAUGCUGAAGGUUCGGCACGACUGUUCAGGCAUUCCGAACAACCUGAUGACAACGCUGAUAAUGUAGUUAGGACGAUCUUAUGUCAUGGAAGUGGUGGUGAGUUCGCUGAUUCCAAAUUGCGUCAAAGAAUAAAGAAACUUAGAAGGGGUACUAACCACAAAAAGCACCUCAAACUAAUUCUAAAGGUUAUGGUUUGGGCGUGUCACAAAGACCCCCACAGCGGGGGGGGAUUAUACAAGUGGUGCUCCUGGACGACACUGGUUAUACUGUCGUGUAACAAGCAUGUUGACAAAUUAAAGUGACGCUUUUCUGGAUGGUUGAGGAGACAGGAGGAAAAAGAAAAGCGGAAGGCAAUUGUGGAUGGUCAAGAAGCUCUAUAGAAUCUGUCAUACUAAACAGGGUGCAAUUGUUAUCAUGUUGUUUAUUACCAUGUUUAAGUACUGUUUUCCCUACUAAGGUCCCUUAGUUUUGUGUCAUCUUUUACUGUUGCCAAUACCGUCGCAACAAAUUCCAGGUUCCAGGUUGUGAGGAAACUGAUAUUAUCUAGACAG